AUGACAUGCCGAUAUACCUUCGACAUCGAAUGGUAUUCAACGAUGUCGAGAGCUUGUUUCGACUGCCCGUGCAAUCAGAGUGACUGUGAACGCGAACGGUGCGUGGCGGCAGAUGGUUUCCGUCGCCCAAUCGUUGUGGCCAAUCGCCAGCUUCCUGGUCCUGCAAUUGAGGUUUGCAAGGGAGAUCGCAUCAUCGUAGAAGUACACAAUGAACUCGACGAUGCCGAAGGCGUUUCGAUCCACUGGCACGGGCUCCUCCAACGAAACACACCAUACAUGGAUGGCGCCACCCUGAUCACACAAUGCCCAAUUACGCCAUUUUCUUCGUUCACUUAUGACUUCAUUGCCGAUCGGACGGGCACCCACUGGUGGCACUCUCAUACAGGUUUUCAGCGGGCUAAUGGUCUCUUUGGUCCUCUCAUUGUUCGGGAACCAGAAGCGGACAACCCCCACAGUGCCCUCUACGAUUAUGACCUUUCAGAACAUACUAUCAUGAUAAGCGACUGGUCGCACGAAACUGCGGUGGAGUUGUUCGUAUUGUCACACCAUGCGGGGGAAUGGAUCACUCCACCUCAUAUUCUUAUCAAUGGGAAGGCACAACUUGUCGGGUACACUGCAGAGAGUGACGGUACCUCACAUGCCACUCCUAGAGAAGUCUUUGAAGUAGAAGAAGGCAAGAGGUAUCGCUUCCGGUUGAUAAGUACGGCAAGCAGUAGUGAAGCCUUCACGGUGUCCGUAGAAAACCAUACCCUAACAAUUAUUGCCAGCGAUGGGGCAUAUGUACAACCACAAGAGGUCGACGCCCUAGUCAUUUAUGAAGGAGAAAGAUACGAUGUCGUCCUCAAUGCCUCACAGAGGAAUGGAUUUAAUUACUGGAUGAAGUUUCAAGAAUUGUACGGAGGACCAGUCGUAAAUCAUGGUCUGGCAAUCAUUAGGUACAGCGGCGCUCGCAAGGAGAACCCUUCAUCGAGCCCCUCUCCAACCCCAGAAGGCAUUAUCUACCAGAAAUUCAACAGUCCUGCUUCUGCAGACGUCCUUACUGUCAAUGAAUUGGUUGCCAUCGAAAAUGCAACCUUACCGCAAGAGAAUAAACGAACUUUCUACAUGAAAAGAGACUUUAAUGAAUUUUCUGAUGAACGUUACUGGGACGAUGUUUACAGCCCAAUGCUCAACGAUCGUUCGUUCAAACUGCCAAGUUACUCGCUUCUUUCUGAAUACCAUGACGAGACCGACGGCGAUGAUAUCUGCCUUUUUGAAGAUGAGGAGAUGAAUGAGAGAUGCAAGACCGAGUUCUGUCACUGUACCCAAGUUCUUCAAGUGAAAAUUAAUCAGACGGUUGAGAUUGUGUUAGUUGACGAGGGUAAGCGGUUUUUAGUUCUCCACCCUUUUCAUCUUCACGGUUAUUCGUUCAGGGUACUUGCUCAGGGUUUUGGUGGAGAUCACCUGAGCAUCGAGGAAGUAAUCAAGAUGGAUCGUAAUGGGACAAUUAAGAGAAACUUCGACAACCCACCUGAGAAGGAUACUGUCAUUACGACCAAUGCUGGUUAUACUGUCAUCCAGUUUAUUGCUGAUAAUCCUGGCUGGUGGCUUUUCCAUUGUCACAACGUAUUCCAUCUCCUGACUGGUAUGGCUAUUGUUGUUCGUGCUGGCGACCAAGCUGACCUACCGCCAUUACCAGAUAACUUCCCAAGGUGUGGCAACUUCGAACCCCGUGAAAGACCACCACCGCCAACCAGAUCAACACAACGACCACCGUCACCAUCACAUCCACCUGAAAACAUGUUCCCUCUGUCUACGGUUAUCGGCCUAUCCGUGGUCGUCGGCAUCCUCGGUCUCCUUGUCAUUGUCCUCAUCAUCGAUGCCAUAUGUCGCCGUCAGGAACCAGGUGCCCCGUCAUCGUCGACCGCGAAUGGAGGAAAAAAGGGCCAAGAUGCGCCAUGGAGAGAUACAAUCGAUUAAUUAUGUCAAAGAUAAAGUUUGUUGCGACACGUUCCUUCCAUUUGAUAAAUACCAUUAAACAAAAAUGUUUUU